UUUGGGCCCAGCCAAGCAUAAAGUACUUUGAACCGGUAACAUUUUAAUUGGCCUAGCCCCGAGGGCCUUUGAAAUUUGUUAUUGAGUUUGUGUACGUUGAUUUUUCAGUAGUCAGCCGAUAGCACAUGAUCAGAGGACUACGGAGUUCUCAGUUCACCUCUUUUGGAAUUAUUGUGCAAUCUGCCAAUAUCUUCAUCCCUGAAGUUUCAGUGAAUCUGCUUCUGUUUUCGAUUUAGAGCCGCCUCUCGAAAUCGUGUUGUUUUGUGAUUGGGAAUGGAAAAACUAACGCCAGAGCAAUGGCGAGAGAUUAUGAGCAAGAAGAUGCGGUUCUCUCCAGCGCUCAUCAGUGCCAUUCAGGAGGGGGAAACAGCGCUGCUGUGUGGACUCUUGAAGACAGGUGACGGCAUUACCCGUCAGCUGGAUGAGUCUGAGGAUCGUCAGUGGAGGGAGGCCCUCAACCUCUCCAUCCGCUUGGGCAACGAGGAUGCCAUGGACGCCCUCCUGCAAGGAGUCAAGUUUGACUUCCGGCAGAUUCAUGAGGCUCUGCUAGUCGCCGUGGACACCAACCAACCCAUAGUGGUGAAGCGUCUCCUGGACCGCUUGGAUCAGGAGAAAGGGAACAAGAUGGACGUACGAUCCUUCUCUCAGGCCAUAUUUGAUCGUUCUGUUGACAACUCUCAGUUUGCCCCUGGUGUGACCCCUCUGACUUUAGCCUGCCAGAAAGACCUGUACGAGAUUGUUACCAUGCUCACCCAGAAAGGCCACGUCAUCCCGUGGCCACAUAAGAUCUCCUGCGCCUGUUUGGAGUGUUCUAACGGCCGGCAGUAUGACCUGCUGAAGUUCUCCCUGUCUCGCAUCAAUACUUAUCGUGGCAUUGCCAGCCGUGCCUACCUGUCCAUCACCUCUGACGAUGCCAUGCUCAGCGCCUUCAGUCUCAGCAGAGAACUCCGUAAGCUGUCACAGAAAGAGCCAGAGUUCAAGCCUCAGUACCUGAGCCUGGAGCAGAUCUGUCAGGAGUUUGCCGUGGAGUUGCUGGGCAUGUGUCGCAACCAGAGCGAGGUAACCACUAUUUUGAACAGCUGUGGAAAUGAAACUCAGGAUUCCUUGGAUGAACAGGCCUUUGAGGAAGGAAUCCCCAGCCUGUCUCGCCUGCGGCUUGCAGUCAAUUACAACCAGAAGCAGUUUGUGGCGCACCCAAUCUGUCAGCAGGUUCUGUCCUCUAUCUGGUGUGGGAAACUGGCAGGCUGGAGAGGUAGCAGAACGGCCUGGAAGCUGUUUGUCUCUAUGGGAAUCUUUCUUACCAUGCCCCUUCUUUGCCUUGCCUACUGGAUUGCACCAAAGUCAAAGCUGGGAAAGCUAGUAAGAAUUCCUGUGAUCAAGUUUCUUCUUCACUCUGCAUCCUACCUGUGGUUUCUCAUUACAUUACUUGGGGAAUCGAUAACCAUGGAGCUAUAUCAGGACACAUUUGCUUCCCGGCAGCAGAACCUUCUGCACAGCUCCUUCCACAUGGUGUGGGUGGUCGCACGUGACAAUUGGCACCAGGAAGAUCCUCAGCUGAUUGCCGAGGUCCUCUUUGCAGUGACCAGCAUGUUAAGCUUCACACGGCUGGCAUAUAUCCUGCCAGCCCACGAAUCUCUGGGAACACUACAGAUCUCCAUUGGAAAGAUGAUUGAUGAUAUGAUGAGAUUUAUGUUCAUACUGAUGAUCAUUGGCACCGCCUUCCUUUGUGGCAUCAACAAUAUCUAUGUUCCUUAUGUCAUUUCUCCAAAUCUUGGCAGGUUUAAUGAGACCUUCCGCUUCCUAUUCUGGACCAUGUUUGGAGUUGUAAACCAGGAAUAUGUGGACAUGCCAGAGUUUGUGUUGGCAGAAUUUGUAGGAAGGGUCCUGUAUGGCAUCUUCACUCUUGUCAUUGUCAUUGUACUUCUCAACAUGCUUAUUGCCAUGAUAACAAACUCCUUUCAGAAAAUUGAGGAUGACGCGGACGUUGAGUGGAAAUUUGCCAGGUCAAAGCUGUACCUCAGCUACUUCAGAGAGGGCCUCACUAUGCCUGUGCCUUUCAACAUCAUCCCCUCCCCCAAAGCCAUUUUUUACAUCCUAAGGGGCAUCUUUAGACGAAUCUGCUGCUGCUGCACUUGUUCCUCUGAGCAAAAAUAUCCCCCCAUAGCCUCUAUAUCCAGUGAUAAGGGAUCUGAAGAUGGCCAGUUAUCGUACCGUCAGCAGGUGAUCACGGCACUGGUGCAGCGCUACAUUGAGUCAGCUCGCAGGGAGUUUGAGGAGACCAAGAGGAAAGAUAUUGGAAAUCGAAUGACUGAGCUGAGCAAAGCGGUCGCCAGGAUGCACAACGAUCUGAAAGUCGCCCAGCAGUACGCAAUGGACGAUGGAAACGAUACAAGCGAUGCACCGACCAAGAAUGGCUCCUCUGUACUGGGGAAAUACAUCAUUGGUGCCAAGAACAAUUUCAGAGGUUUUACCACCAGACAAGAUGACAAAUGCACAGAUCUUAAGGUGACUGUGCACAGCAUUGAGGAAAAGCUGGAUAAAGAAAAGUUUGAAGCACAGAUGGAAUCAGACAUUCAACAGAAUGAGGUGGAUGAAUGUAGAGACGAGGGACAGUUUCCUGACUCUGUUGUGGUGAAAAUGGAGGAAGGCCGAGCUCAGGCUGAACAAGAGGAAAAGAAGGAAAUUAACUCAGAUGAGAAGGAGAAAGCAGCCAAAGGUGAAAUUAGUGUAAAUAAAGUGAAAGAGGAGAAGGAAGGAGGAAACGGUUUUACUAACACAGAAGAAACGUUGAGUGACGAGGCCACGGAUGAAGAGGCAGAAACCCUAAAUGAAGGAGGGAUGAACAAGGAGGGAAGAGUGCCGGAUGAACACAUGACCUCUGCACAUGCCGAGAGCAUCGAAGUGAGUGACGAAAAGAUAGAAACCCAAAAAAUAAUCUGCAAGUUCAAUCACAUUGAGCUGCAAGAAAAAAAAGCAGCACAACCGAGCUGGAUGAAGGGAAGAAAGCCUGAGCAUAAUGUAGCAGAGACGCCUCACAAUGAGAAGAGCAAUGAAAAACCUGAAAUGAAGAAAAUGAUUCCUUCACCUACAGGAAGCAGCAGCUCCCAGGACAUGGGCUUUGGUUCCCAAGAAGGGGAAGAAUCGAUCGAUGGCACACCAGUGAGACCUUAACCUUUGAGGUGACCUUGCUGCCUCAUUGGUCACUUUAUGCAAUAUCUGACAAAAGUGCAGUUGAUCAGAGUUUUGAGAUGUCCACUUUUUCCCCAUGUCUUAAAAAGUAAACAAAGGAUCAGCAGAGAAACUGUCAGUUUGCAUGCAAGAUAUUUUCCACUACCUAAAAACAUUUACUUUUAUCCAUUCAUCUUUAGAUUGCCAAACAUUUUGUCAUGUAGUCUAUUUCUAAGCCCAAGGAUGAAAACUGCAGAGGCUUGCCAGCAAUGCUUUAGACCUUCUUCAUACCUUUAGAAAACCCCUCUUUAAAUGUCUUGCAGUUUUUGUGCAGAUCAAACAAAGUAUAGUUGAAAGUUUUAAUAAAUGAGCUUUAAGGAUGUUUGAGUGCAGAUGUGUGUAGCAGCUGUAGCUCUCUGGAUACCUGUGCACAAACUUGGAAAUGUGUUUCUCAAAACCCAGAAGCUUCUGAGCUUGUUUUCAUCUCCCAAGACGAUUCCAUUUCAUUUAGGUUGUUAGUUAUUUAUCAGACAGACUGCUGUUAAAGUUUUCAAUUUACAUUCAUUGAAAUAAAACUCUCCUGUCUUAAAGUGUCGCCUCCUUUUAUUUCCAUCAGGCAGCUAACCUAUACCCGUUGCUACAUUGUGACAAUACAGGUCUCAGCUUGCUUUAUACAUAAUACUCCCAUGAGGUCUCAGGCAGGAACACACUGGCUCAUUACUUCAUCACCUGCAGCAGCAUCGGUCCCAUGGCACAUAUCCAAACUCUUGCACUGGAAAAUCACCUUGGCUUAUAACCUUUUCUAUCACAAUGUCUCCUUAAACUUUGUUUUUGUUCUCAUCAGCCCAACUUAAGCCCAGCGCUGCUGUCCAACAGGUUUUGAUGUCCUGUAGCAAAAUCCAAAACUUGUAUGCAGUAUCUUUAAAAAUAAUUAUGCACAGAUUGUGUUGUCAUUGUA